AUGACCGUCCCCAACAUUGGGGACAUCUUGGUGCUGUCGCAGAAGGCUUGGAAGAUUGGACGCACCUUUUCUGCUUGCCAAAAGAAUGCGCCAGUGGAGCUUCAAUAUGUUGAGACGGAAAUCGGCAGCCUCGCAAAAUCAUUGGCAUCGUUGGCAGAGACGCUGCACGCGGAGUCCGUGCGGCAGUUGUUACAGGACGCUGACCAGGAAAUAAAAUAUGGCGUUGGUACCAUCCUAAGGUCUUGUCAACGGACAGUAGAUGAUCUUGACUCGCUGAUCGACCAAUACCAAGUCAUCAAGAAGCACCGCACAGUUGGAGGGUUCGCAAUUGAGCGCUCGUGGAGCGAUCUGGUAUUAGCCUCAUACAGGACGAUGAUCUGGACUCCCGAGGGCGGAAACCUCGCAGAUCUGAAAGAGAUGUUACAGACACAUACGAACUCUAUCGAUGAGUUGACGGAAGCCAAGUCUAUGGCUCGUAUGGACAGCACCGUCAUACCAAUCGCAGAACGAAUCGAUAACAUGCACCACUUGGCUGGAAGCAUCGAUCAGCAGCUUGACGAAGUACAUCUUUUCGACAUCGACCAAGAAAACAUCACCUCUACCAAGGACACCGGAAAAAGUCGCGGUUCGCUCGUCGAAUACUCGCACCGGAUAAACCAGGACGACCCCAGAGACGUCGAAAUGAUUCAGGCUUCCGAAGAGUGCAGGAUCGCCGUAGUACGGAAACGCGUAACCGACUCUGAGACGAAGACAGUACGCGUCGUGACAUCCGUAUGGGCAUUUAGCGACGACAACACCACCCGCGUGGAGCUACGUAUGGAAGACGACCAGAUGUACAUACCGUACUCCAGCUACUUCAACCCAGCCAAAGCCUCCAUCACAGUCCUCUGCGAGCUCAUAUUUCACGAUGUCAAACACGGCAAUCGGCCAGUGCGUGUAGAAAAGACUAGCUGGGUCAACUACGUCUUCGACUCACCACAAGCGGCCGCACUCUUCCAAAACGAACUAAUGGGCCGCACUCUACUCGCGACAUUCCGCACAGAAAAAACAAUGCGCAUCCACGAAGGCCUCUCCAAAUCCUUCUCCUACGCCGAACAGAUGUGCGGCCUGGAAAACCUCCGCGUCUGGGAAGACAACGACACAGGCGCCAUCAUCGCCCUAAUCCAUUUCUCCGCCGACUUCCGAAACGGCUACUUAGCCUUCUACCUCAACUCCUCCGUCAACCCUAUCAAAGUGAAAGACGGUGGGGACAGAGAGGUGAAGAUCAAAGGGCUGAGGGUACCGAUUGAUCGGGGUGAUCGCGCGAUGAGGAAGGACAGUUUUGCGGAAGCUGCCACUACUUCUGUUACAGGGAAAGGUAAGGAGAAAGUCGGGGCUGGGAAGAGUGUGGAUAAGGGGAAGGUUAUCAGUGGGGCGAAGAUUGAGUUUGCGACGGAGAUGGAGAAGAGGGAGUUUUUGGAGAUGUGUAGCGAGAUGCAGAGGGAGUUGAUUGAGUUGCCGGAUUUGUUGGGGGUUAAUUGA